UCGUGGAAGCAGAAGGCAAAUACUACAGCGAAACUUGGUUGAAGGGCUUUCAUGCGAACUUUGCUGGUCAACAAUGACUAGUCCCCGUUUCGAAAGAAAAGAUAUCAUCAGCGACCUACCAAGAAACAUAGUAGAAAGUAUCCUUGAGCGGAUGCCCGUACGAGAUGCAGCCAGAACUAGUAUUUUGUCAUCUAAGUGGAGGGCCGGGCUGCUUCAGAAAUUGAGUAUAACGGUUUGCAGUGGUAUAGGCCAUUUGAAUGUCAAUGCUCCAAACCUCAGAGUGUUGGUUAUCAUCUGCAAUAGUGAGACAGACUCGCUCUCUUUUGUGACCACUGCCGAACUGAGGGUCUGCAUCAUCGCGAUGUUUAAGAAAAUGGCAAGUCUUAGGGGUAAAACACCUAGUUUGGUUGAGUUUCUUGCUGACUUGCCUAGAGUUUCAGAUCUUUAUUUGGAUAGCUUUUUUCUUGAGCUUUUGGCUGUAGGUGGUCCAUGCAGGCUUCCAACAAUAUCUACCUGUGUGAACUCGCUCUCAUUAUAUACUAUGGUGUUCAGCGACUUGGAUAUUUUUUCAUGCACUCUUCUUUUGAUCCAAAGCUGCCCCAACUUGAUGAAACUUAAGAUAGAGUUCUGCCCAAUUACAAACACUUAUGAAGAGCAGGUCGUAAAUUAUUUGGAAGCACCAACCUGCAUGUUUCAAAGUGAACAGACGCUCACCAAACUUCUUUCGGUGAAUAUAGACUACCUCGGGGGUUUGAAGCCUCAGCUACUUCUCAUCAAGCUUUUUCUAGGCUGUUCACCAAAGCUUGAAACAUUGUUCGUUGAGCUAAGUUUGCAACUCGAUGUGAAUGAAAGAUUCAAGAUUUCAAAAGAGCUGUCACAGUUUCCUCGGUUGUCACCUAAAGCGUCAGUUAUAUACUUGCAUACUUGAAAGCGAUGUCGUUGACAAAGAUGUUUUGCCUUUUUCACACUUGUCCUCCUCUUCUUCUGGUGUCUGGCCCUGGAAAAUUUUGUAGACCGCAC